CUCAUCGAUUGAAGUGCUCAUUGGGAAACAUGUCUGGAAGAGGCAAAGGCGGUAAGGGACUCGGGAAAGGAGGCGCUAAGCGUCACCGUAAAGUUUUGCGCGAUAACAUCCAGGGAAUCACCAAACCCGCUAUUCGUCGUCUGGCUCGCCGCGGCGGCGUCAAGCGCAUCUCUGGUCUGAUCUACGAGGAGACCCGCGGAGUGUUGAAGGUGUUUCUGGAGAACGUGAUCCGCGAUGCCGUCACCUACACCGAGCACGCCAAGAGAAAGACCGUCACCGCCAUGGAUGUUGUGUACGCGCUGAAGAGACAGGGACGCACCCUGUACGGCUUCGGGGGAUAAACGCCUGAAACCAGGACAAACCUCACAAACCAAAAGGCUCUUUUAAGAGCCACACACUCUCCCGAUUAAAGAGCCAAAUGUUUCAUGUUAAAUCAUCGAUUUAAGUUUAAAACGUUUUUUUUCUCAAUCCAGGAUAAAUCUUAUCUAAGAACGCAUAAAUAAUGUUUCAUAAUGUAUGGAGAAUGCCGAUACCUUUCUACUUUAACAUAAGAAGUUAUUCACUAUUGAACCGUUUGGA